AUGCAUGAUGACAGACACAUUCUGUAUGCGUGGAUCCUUUCUGUACACUGUUGCAGGAAGACAGUUAUGUGUCAGACUGCUUUAAUGUUUAUUUGGGGAAAGUGGUGUGAGUGGACCAGUUAAGGUUCGUUUGUGUCCGUGCAGUGUGAUGAUGGCGGCCGUGGAGGAUCCUCCGUUCUCUCUGCUCAGUCUGGAGGAUGAGCUGACCUGCAGCAUCUGUCUGAGCCCCUUCGACUGUCCGGUCACCAUCCCCUGCGGACACAACUUCUGCCAGGACUGUCUGCUGGCCACCUGGAAGAACUCCUACAGCUGCCCUCAGUGUCGGACCCUGUUCGCCACCAGACCGGAGCUGAAGAAGAACACGGUCCUCAGCACCGUGGUGGAGACGUUCAGGAGCCGAGCCGGAGGUCCGAAGGAAGAGUCGAGCGGAGCCGAGGAGGAGAAGAAGAAGGAGGAGGUGAAGGUCCGCUGCGACGCGUGUAUGGAGGCGGAGGCGGCGCAGACCUGCCUCACCUGCAUGGCCUCUUUCUGCGAGGAGCACCUGCGGCCUCACCGGGAGAAUCCCAUCUUCCGGGUCCACCAGCUGAGCGAGCCUGUCGGCGACCUGUCGGAGCGCAUCUGCCCCGAUCACCACAAGCUGAUGGAGCUGUUCUGCAGCCAGCACGGCCGUCCGAUCUGCAGCCUCUGUCUGCAGCAAGUCCACAGAGGAUGUGCCUUCAGGAGCCCAGAAGAGCAGCGGAGCCUCCUGGAGUCCAGCUUCAGAGACAAGCUGGCUUUGCUGAACGGUAAGAUUGAGAAGACCGAGACGACGAUAUGUCAGUUAAACGAGGCUCAGAACAAGCUGAAGGACGCAGCAGCCAAAAGAAAGGCAGCUCUGUCAGCUUUGUAUCAGCAGAUUCAGGACAUGUUGGCUCAGGAUGAACGUGAGGCCCAACAUGAGGUCAGUCAUGAGCUGGAGGCCGGUCAGACGAAGCUCCGGGACCUGGCGAAGAGGUACACUGAUAACAACAAGAAGAUGAGAAAAGCCAGAGAAGAUAUCAACAACCUGCUGAGUCGAUCCCAAACCCCAACUUUCCUACAGGCUUCAUUCAACUUGCCUAAAGUCGUAAAGACUGAGCCUAAUGUACCUCGAAUUAACCUGGACUCCAAGAAGGUGACAGCAGCAGAGACUUUUGCCACUAAGCUGAAGGAAAAUCUGAUGGAGAUACUUAAGCAGCCAGUGGAGGCCAGAUUAGCUUUAAUUAAACCAGGUGAAAAAGCAGCUCCAGCCUCAGGACCUACGAGUACCAGAAAUACUGGAUCCCAGCCUGAAUCUGAGCUUUCAAAGCAGAAACAUCGGAGCAGGUCCCAAAGUCCAGGUCGCCCACCCAUCCGGCCACACUUCCAGCCAGUUUUUAUACCGAGUUAUUCCUACAUGGGGCCUCAGACGGGCUGGAGUCAGUCCCAGUACACUCAGUUCCAGUCACCAGGCUCUCCAUUUCUGUCAGCACAAAUGACAAAUCUGACUUCUGAUCUGUGUUUUAUGAAACAUGAUGCUAUUAGUCAGCAACUUUGCUGCAUAGCUUCACCUGUGGAAUCACUGGCAGGAGUUUUGUCAUUCCAACAUGAUUGUUCGAACUGGGUGUGGAUUAUUUUGUUCUUGUGCUUCAGCUGUUUGGUAUGAAGGCGGUGGACGAGCAAACAUGUACACUAAGACGUUAUUCUUUGAGGUUUUUAAUGUAGAGGUUAGUUGGACUGAUGGGUGUUGCUUUAGUUUCGUUUCUAAAUUACUAUUCAGGUGUUGACUUGAGUCAUUUCCUAAUCUUCUAAUAAAAACACAGGAUGUACAUUCAUUUGUAACACCAAUACAAUGAAUGUUAUCUGUAAAGAAGUGUAGCUUGAGCUAAAAUAAUGGGAAUUUUUUAUGGUUUACUUGGACUUGCUGAAUAGUUGUGCUCCAAGUGUCUUGUGUUUAAAUUAAAAUAUUAAUUUUACUUUGGGCUUGCGUAAUAGUUUAACAUUUUAUAAAGUAAGCGUUAAUUUUGUCCAGUUGGCAGUGCAACUGGUUUUAAACAAAUUCACUUUUAGUAAUUCAUAUGCUUAACACUGGUCAUUUAUUUUAUUUGUGUGCAAUUUUGGAAAAUCUUGUAUUUAUCACACCACAGAGGACCUACUGAGGAAAACUUUAUGCAAAUUUUUCUCCAGAACAAGACAAAAAGCCGCCCAGUGCUCCAGGAGGAAAUAAGCAGGCUGGGAAAGAUAAACCCAGAAACCAUCCACCUUCGGCACAACAUCCACAUCCUGAUUUGUAGAAGCAGCAUUUUGCAUUUAUUUCUGCCACACGGAGGCAAUGUGGGGUUCAUGCAUUAUAUUAUUAUUAACUUAGGGACACUAUUCUACUGCUUAAAACCUCUGAACUCUAAUAAAAUGGUAAAAUUACACUAUUUCCUAGAGCCAGAAACUAGUAGAAUGUCAACUUUCCAACAGUCCCUGGAAUCAUCAUCUGUAGUGUCCCUCAAUCUAAACUUAAAAUUGUGAUAUUUCAUCAAAAUCACUUUAUUCUGUCCCAUUUAAAACAUUUGCCAAAAAGCCUACUGUUUGCUCUCAACAGAUUCUGUACAAAUAAAAAUAAAAAUGAGCUCCUCGUGACAACCGAGAAGCCAUUCAUGCCUCGGCUGUGACCAACAGCCAGGUGACAAAAAUUUAGCAAUUUUUCAGCUGAACUGCAGGCAGUGUUUCCACAAAGCACCGUUAAAGUUUGCACAGACAUUCAUGAUCCAUGAAUGGUGUUUAACUCUCUGAACCCUAAAACCUGGUUUAUAAAGGGUUGUAGUUAAUAAAAAUGCAGCAUUAAUCAGAGCCUGAAACUGUAAAAAUAGAAAGAAUCGCUGGACUUUUUUAAACUUUCUGACAGCCCUUGAAAUACUCAUUUGCGACACAGUUCUGCCAGGAAAACACUGUACAUUAAAAAAAAAGCCAAAAUUACACCAUUUAUCAGAGCCAGAAGCUGUUAAAACAGAAAAAACUGUCAUAUUUACAGCUUUUCCAGCAGUUCUUGAACUACUCAUCUGUGAUGGGCUGGUCUCUUUAAUUUAUCUAAUAAUCGUGGUUUAAAAUUGUGAUCACUAUUGUUGCUACUGCUAUUACUAUAACAUGUCUCUUAAAUUCACCAAAAAAUAACAAAACAAUAAUAAAAUAAUAAUAAUAAUAAUAAUAAUAAUAAUAAUAAUAAUAAUAAUAAUAAUAAUAAUAAUAAUAAAAUAAAUAAGAAUAAUUCUGGAACAUUUUGCUCUGUUGGUCUGUUGGGACAAAGAAAUGGGUUCAGAUUGUUAAAUAAACAUUAUACAUAUAUACAGAGCAGCUACUGUUGCCUUUAAGCUAUAAUUUAAAUACUAAAGGGUAGAUAUGUAUGAUUAUGUUUGAGUGUAAAUGAUUAAUUGAAUAUAUGGAAAUGAACAUCUGAUGUUCAGCAGCUCAGUGUAUGUUAAACUGGUAAAUGUUUAACUGUGAUCUAUGACCAAUGAUCAGAGCAGAUGUUUUCUUUUUUCUACUUUAUAAUAUAAUGAAAACACAGAGGCACCUUGCUUAUAUAUGAAAAUAUUUAUGGGAAUGUCUUCAAAUUCAAAAGUUUGCUUCGUUACAUUCAUGUCAAUCAAAAUCGAUUUUUGUCACCUGUAGUACAAGUAAUUCACCAAACCCUCUUUUACUUUGUAAACAGCUCUGUUUUGAAUGAUUGUUAGCAAUAAAAGCUUAUUUUCUCUC